AUGUCGCUGGCUCCUGAAGACCACAAGGUGAUCGCAGACUUGCUGCAAAAGGCUGCCGCAGGGAGCCUUCUCCAGUCGAUGAACACACUCAUGCAGCACUUGUUCUCACGAAACCUCGCCUGGCGCCUCCGCCUGAACCCCGACUUGGUGGGGGUGCACUACGAAAACAGGGACGGGCAAGGGGUCUCAGCAUCCCACGUGCAGGACCUUAUUUCAUCGAUCGCAAGCAUAGGGUUCGUGGAGACUGAACUUCGCUCAGUCUGUGUGGAAGUACCGGACGACCACAGGGGAGACAGAGUGCGAGAAUUCAACCGGGCACUCGUGGCCGAGUCCAGUUCCAAACUGGCCCCUGUUGACAUGGGCAACAUCAGGUAUGCAAGUAUAGUCGGGAGCCACAGCAACCAAACGUUUCGUGCAUUCAGGGCUGCAGUCAUGCACCAUGACCAGAAGGUCACCAUCGACAACCGUUUGUCGGUGGAGAAGGUGGCUACCUUUGACCAGGCAUGGGCCACCGCCAUCAAGAACGGUGUUGAAUGGACCAUCAUUUCCUACAGUGUAACCGAAGCCUUCGAGCAGUUCGUGCCCCUGGCACAGUCAGCUGGCAAUACAGCGGCCCAAGUGGCCGCUGUGGAGCAUGAGCUACAGCUUGCAUCCAAGGUCAACAGGUCGAUUGAUGCCAUGCUGAAGAAGCAAGGCAAAAGCACUGUCCAGUACAGUGACAUUGCCCCAGAGAUUUUGCGGUCUCGGCCACCGAGUGCAUCGGCCUUACCGGGCAUAUUUGCCUUCGUGGUCAAAUGCGGAGGCGGAUGUGAUCCCGAAAGUUUCCUUUCGAAGUCGGAGCGACACAUUCGGGCGCGCGGCCAGCCCAAACGGUCGCUGGGUCCUGAGAUGUGGCAGGCCUUGUCCAGCGAGGUCAAAGGCAAGCUGCAGUACGUUCACUGGAGGCACAUGCUUCUCAAGCUUGCCUUCACCGGGCAGGACAAAGUGUUGUCGGCCAGUGAUGUGAGGAAGGCAUUGCAGGGAGGCAUGUUGGCAAAAGCAGCCGAGGCUGAAAAGAUGUCUAGGGACAUGCAGAGCAUCCUCAACUCCGCCAAUCAUCUCACACCAGAGGUCAAGUUUGCCACUUUGUCGGAAGUGGAAGUCGAGAUGGCUGCUGUGAUCCUGCAAAAGAAGAAAUUUACAAAGAGGGAGACCGUAUAUGAGGCCUGUAACGACUGUCUCCAGGGUUUGGGGUUGACAUCCCCAUGGGUGAGCUCGGCAUCCUCGUCACAGAAUGUGUCUCCCUCGAAGGAUGGUGCAGAGCUUGGUUUCCAAGUGGGGAACAUGGUGAUGCGAAAGGCGGACGAGGUGGUGGGAACCAUCAAGAAGAUGACCGCAGACCACGUGGAUCUGGUGUUGCAGGAUUUCAGUGCAUGCAGGGUGUCAUCACAGUCGUUCGUCGAGGGCCUUUGGCGCCAUCAUGUCCCAAAGGCCGAGGCCGUGCCUUUGCCAGAUUGUCGGGAUGUGCAAGUUAGCAAGGACUUCGGGCAAGGCAAGCUGUGCCUGCCUGUGACUUCACCGAGAUUGGACAUACGAUCCUCUAGCUCCACAAGCCCUUCCGGAUCCAUCAAAGCAGGGUGCAUCAAAACGUCCAGCGAGGACCACAUCCUGUACAUCCUGCCAAUGGUUCAGUUCCCCAAGGAUGGCCAGGGAAGUGGGCAGGGUUUCGUGAAUCCCACAUGGAUCAUGCGGACAACGAGCGACAGGACCGAGGCCAACAUGGAAGUCGUUGGCAAGGGCUCCGAGAAGUUGACUCCGGACUAUAGGAAGAUCCAGUUGCCUUAUGUGAAGAAUAUCAGGAAAGUGAGUGCGGGGCAGUCGCUGCUCCUGUAUCGCCCGGAGACGGGCAAACCCGAGCAGCCCGAGGCACUGAUCCGACUUUCGAAGAAACUUCGAACUCACUGA